AUGGCGACACUCCUCUCCCACCCGCAGCGGCGCCCCCCCCUCUUGCGACAGGCCAUCAAGAUAAGGCGCCGCAAGGUCCGAGAUACAGAGGAUCCCCUGCCCCAACCGACACGGGAGAUCGAGCCUCCAUCCCACCACUUCUCCCCGGAGCAGCGGGCCCUGCUCUACGAGGAGGCUCUCUACACCGUCCUGCACCGCGUGGGGAAGCCUGAGCCCAGCCACGUGACGGAGGCCUCGGAGCUGCUGCGCUACCUGCAGGAGGCCUUCCACAUGGAGCCCCCGGAGCACCAGCGGAUGCUGCAGCAGGUCCAGGAGCUCGAGAAGCCAGUGUUUUGCCUGAAGGCCACGGUGAAGCAAGCCAAGGGCAUCCUGGGCAAGGAUGUCAGCGGGUUCAGUGACCCCUACUGCCUGCUGGGCAUCGAGCAGGGGGUGGGCGUGCCGGGGGGCAGCCCGGGGUCGCGGCGGCGGCAGCCGAAGGCCGUGGUGAGGCACACCAUCCCCGAGGAGCAGACCCACCGCACCCAGGUCAUCGCCCAGACGCUCAACCCCGUCUGGGACGAGACCUUCAUCCUGGAGUUUGAGGACAUCAGCAGCUCGAGCUUUCACCUGGACAUGUGGGACCUGGACACUGUGGAGUCCGUCAGGCACAAGCUCGGGGAGCUCACAGACCUGCAUGGGCUGCGAAGGAUCUUCAAGGAUGCCCGCAAGGACAAGGGCCAAGACGACUUUCUGGGCAACGUGGUUCUGAGGCUCCAGGACCUGCGCUGCCGGGAGGAUCAGUGGUACCGUCUGGAGCCCUGCACCGAGACCUACCCCGACCGUGGUCAGUGCCACCUCCAGUUCCAGCUCAUUCACAAGCGGAGAGCCACAGCCGCCAGCCGCUCCCAGCCCAGCUGCACGGUGCACCUCCACCUGCUGCAGCAGCUCGUGGCCCACGAGGUCACCCAGCACCAGGCAGGCAGUACCUCCUGGGACGGGUCGCUGAGUCCCCAGGCCGCCACCAUCCUGUUUCUCCACGCCACCCAGAAGGACCUGUCCGACUUCCACCAGUCCAUGGCGCAGUGGCUGGCCUACAGCCGAGUCUACCAGAGCCUGGAGUUCCCCAGCAGCUGCCUCCUGCACCCCAUCACCAGCAUCGAGUACCAGUGGAUCCAGGGCCGUCUCCAGGCAGAGCAGCGGGAGGAGCUGGCCACCUCCUUCAGCUCCCUGCUGGCCUAUGGCCUGUCCCUCAUCCGGAGGUUCCGCACCGUCUUCCCCCUCUCGGUGGCCGACUCCCCGGCCCGGCUGCGGUCUCUCCUCAGGGUCCUGGUCCAGAUGUGCAAGACGAAGGCGUUUGGAGAGCUGUGCCCAGACAGUGCCCCCCUGCCCCACCUGGUGACGGAGGCGCUGCGGGCUGGCACCGUCGAAUGGUUCCACCUGAAGCAGCAGCACCAUCAGCCCAUGGUGCAGGGCCUGCUGGAGGCGGGCAAGGCCCUGCUGAGCCUGGUCCAGGACAUCACUGGCGACCUGCACCAGUGCCAGCGCACCUGGAACAAGGUCUUCCACAAUGCUCUGAAGAUCGACCUCUUCUCCAUGGCCUUCCUGGAGCUGCAGUGGCUGGUGGCCAAGCGGGUGCAGGACCACACGGCCGCGGCGGUGAGCGGCCCGGUGUCCCCAGAGGUGGGCGAGAGCCUGUUCCAGCUCUACAUCAGCCUCAAGGAGCUCUGCCGGCUGGGCCCGGCGCCCUCGGAGAGGGAUGGAGUCCUGGCCCUGCACGGCUUCCACCGCUGGUUCCAGCCCGCCAUCCCCUCCUGGCUGCAGAAGACGUACAGCGUCGCCCUGGCUCGGGUGCAGCGCGCGGUGCAGAUGGACCAGCUGGUGCCCCUGGGUGAGCUGACCAAGCACAGCACCUCGGCUGUGGACCUGUCCACCUGCUUCGCCCAGAUCGGCCACACUGCCCAGCAGCUGGACUGGCCCGACCCAGAGGAGGCCUUCAUGAUCACCGUCAAGUUCGUGGAGGACACCUGUCGGCUGGCCCUGGUGUACUGCAGCCUGAUAAAGGCCCGGGCUCGGGAGCUCGCUGCAGGCCAGAAGGACCAGGGCCUGGCAGCCAAUAUGCUGUGCGUGGUGGUGAAUGACAUGGAGCAGCUGCGGCUGGUGAUCGGCCGGCUCCCUGCCCAGCUGGCAUGGGAGGCGCUGGAGCAGCGGGUCGGGGCGGUGCUGGAGCAGGGGCAGCUGCGGAACACGCUGCACGCCCAGCUGCAGAGCGCGCUGGCGGGGCUCAACCACGAGAUCCGCACCGGCGUCCGCACCCUGGCCGAGCAGCUGGAGGUGGGCAUCGCCAAGCACAUCCACAAUCUGGUGGGCGUCAGGCAGUCCGUGCUGCCGGAGGAUGCCAUCCUGCCCCUGAUGAAGUUCCUGGAGGUGGAGCUCUGCUACAUGAACACCAACCUGGUGCAGGAGAACUUCAGCAGCCUUUUGACCCUGCUCUGGACCCACACGCUCACGGUGCUGGCCGAGGUGGCCGCCGCCCAGCGGAGCUGCCCCCCGGCCUCUAGGAGGCUGGAGAUCGCGCUGCAGAACCUGGAGAUCUGCUUCUACGCCGAGGGCUGUGGCCUGCCGCCCGAGGCCCUGCACACGGCCACCUUCAAGGACCUGCAGAGGGACUUGGAGCUGCAGGCGGCCUCCAGCCGGGAGCUCAUCAGGAAGUACUUCCUCAGCCGCCUGGAGAAGCAGGCCGAAACAAGCACCGAGGAGCUCGGGGCCGUGACCAUCAAGGCUUCCUACCGCGCCUCCGAGCAGAAGCUGCGCGUGGAGCUGCUCAGCGCCUCCAACCUGCUGCCCCUGGACGCCAACGGCUCCAGCGACCCCUUUGUCCAGCUGACCUUGGAGCCCAGGCACGAAUUCCCUGAGCUGGCUCCCCGGGAGACCCAAAAGCACAAGAAGGACCUUCACCCGCUGUUUGAUGAGACCUUUGAAUUCCUGGUGCCUGCUGAGCCGUGCCGGAAGGACGGGGCCUGCCUCCUGCUCACGGUGCUGGACCACGACACGCUGGGCGCCGAUGACCUGGAAGGGGAGGCCUUCCUGCCUCUGCGCUCGGUGCACGGCCUGAGUGGGACUGAGGAGCCUGGGGAGGUGCCGCAGACGCGCCUGCCCCUCACCUACCCCCUGCCCAACGGGGACCCAGUCCUGCGGCUGCUGGAGAGCAGGAAGGGGGACCGUGAGGCCCAGGCGUUUGUGAAGCUGCGGCGGCAGCGAGCCAAGCAGGCCUCCCAGCAUGCCCCGCAGCCGGGGAGAUAGCCGUGGAGGGGGAGCUCCUGGUAGGGACAGGCUUUCCUGGGAGGGCUGGGGUGUCCCCACCGCAGUGCAGCCCUCCGGCCUGGCCUAACACUCAGAGGGCUCUGCAAGGCUGGGAGGCCCAGAGUGCAGACCCCUCCGGUCUCCUGCCAGAGCGGAGCCCCCCGGUGCUGGGGACACCAUCAGCAGUAUUUAUACUUUCCCC